GAGGGCUUUCAGCUUCUUCAACGAGUGCGUAGCGGGCGCGAGGAGAUUGGGCACCAGCGUGCCCAAGCACGCCAUGUACUGAUUAGACCGACCGAGCCGGCCCUAACUGCAGUAUCGUGUUCUUUCCGAGGCUAUAAGGAACGACUAUCUUCCGGAGCACAUCGACGCCUACCCACGGGAUCGCCAGUCCCGACCUCCCUCAUCCAACCACUAUCCUUCGGUUUGCCAUACUUUGUGCCCUUGCACUCUUGUUUGUCGGCAUCUCUCAUCGUCUGGCUAGCAAGACUGCACCGAUGGCCGCUACCACAGCUAGUAAACUUGUCAAUGACACAGGGAAGCGCGCAGCGACCCUUAUCUUCCUUCACGGCCUCGGCGAUACCCCAUCAGGCUGGCGCCAAAGCUUCACCGCAAAGUACCUUAACGACCCCUCCUUGUCGCACAUCACUCUUGUCACCCCGUCUGCGCCCCGUCGAUACGGACCUGGCUACUCGUGGUACCACAUUGGUGCACCAGAUAACGAGAGCAAGACUAGUCUUAAUGCUGCCCUCAAGAUGUUGGACGCGCUCAUUCAGGAGCAGGUCGAUGCCGGUGUUCCGCAGGAUAGGAUUGUUCUGGGUGGGUUCUCGCAGGGCGCGGGGAUGACGCUCGCUACCGCGUUCACGGCUUCGCAGGAGCUAGAAGCCCAGGUGCAGAAGAAGGAAUGGAAAUUGGGUGGUGUCAUGGCGCUGGCCGGGUAUGUUCCACGGGAGGACGAGUUCCGGAAGGCUAUCUCCCCAACUCUCAAAGAUACUCCCAUCUUCUGGGGCCACGGCAACGUAGACAGCGUGGUCAAAUACCGCGUUGGAGAAGCCUCAAUCGAUAAGCUGCACGAUCUUUCGCCGAGCCUGAACGUUUACAAGGUCAAGCACACCGAGGGCGAUUGGCAGGCGGACACCGAUAAGCGCAUCGAAGGCGGAACUGGCGAGGCGUGGAAGAGCGAGAAGCACGCAUGGAUCGAGCGGCACGAGUAUGAUGAUAUGGAUCACGGGCCGACGUAUAGGUGGCACGAUCAGGCGAUGGAGAAGCAUAUGCGGGAAUGGUUAAGGAGGGUGGUACCUGUAUAGGUAAAGGAAGGCGUAAUCUGUGAGUGGCCGUCGAGGGCGUUAUCAUCCCGUUGUUCCAUGCUGUCUCAUAUUAGUUAUACUGAAAUCUGUUGCGUAUUCAGCUAGAUCAUGAUCCUAUCGCAUUCUUUAUGCUGGUCACCUUCGAUCUUUCCGCUAAGUACGCUGUAACUU